AUGCCCGGUGGCUGCUCGCCUCGAGCCUGUGGAUGGUGCCCGGGUACGAGUGUGGCUUGGGAUCUUGGAGGGUCAUGCCGAAGCUUCGGUGGCCGUGCCCGAGGAGCUGCCAGAUGGAGUGAUUGGGUUCGGCCGGCUCGACACCGGGGAGGAUUGCAUGCCUACGUCCCCAGCUUGGUCGCCGCUUCGGGCGAUAUGUUCGCUUUUGCUUCUGCAGAGAGCGCCAAAGCAGCCGAGCCCGACGACCUCUCUGCUCGGUUAGCCAGGCUCGAGAAAGCGGUCUCGAACCUUGUGGAGUUGAAAGGCCAAGCAGAGCCGCCGCCCGCCGGGAAACCCAAAGCAAGGGCAAAAGCUGCACGGAGUCGACCAGGCGGCGAUGUGGCCGCGGCUCCGGGACUCGAUGCGUCAGUCUUGUCAGCUGCUCGGGCUGCCGGUGUGUCCGAAGAGGCUCUCGCCGAGAUGCAAGCUCUUGUUGGCCGAACGGCGACGGGGCGAUUGAAGCCGGAGCCUGGACCUGACCCCCUCGAAGAGUCGGAGGAGGAAGUCGAUGGGCCCGCCGGCGGCCCCGCCGGCUCUGGACAAGUGCAGGGUCCCGGGGCCUCACUGACCGAAGCCCUCGAUCCUCAGUCGCAGCAAGCCGAGAUCUUUGCCAGCGCCCUUGUGCGAGCAGUGGAGACUAUGCAACGGGGCGGGUCCAAAGCCUCGACCUUAGACCGGGCUCUCGAUGGAGCCGCAAGUGGCUCGGGCGAAGCUUCCUCGUUACCGACAGCUCGUCGAAACUCGGCGGCCAGGCGAGCUCUGCGGGAUGCGUUGGUCAACUCCCCUUCGGAGAUCAGUGCUGUGAUCGAGGCUUUGAUGUCAGAAGAUCUUUCUUCCGUCUCGCCCGGCGUAGCCGUCCCGGGUCAGACAUCGGCUCGAGCCUGGGCCGAGCGCAGAUCGAAGGUGACCGCUUAUCCUUCGUCGGUGUGGGCUGUUUGGCUGAUGGCGGGGGCCCUGGAUUGCCUACGGACCAGCUGCUUUUUACAUCGCGUGCUUGCCUUAGAAGAGCAGGUGCGUGAACUGCAGAGUGCGCUUAGGGCGCUCAGCUUGAGGGUCGAGGGCCCGGAAACCGACUUCGAUCUGGUGAGCGACCCCGCUUUGACCUGCCCGGCUCUUGGUGAGAUGGCUGAGGACGAAGAGGCAACGCCCUUGACUGCAAGG